AUGGACACUAGGAUUUACUGGUUUGUGGCAGUCUUUAGUUACAUCAUACAGACCAAAUGUCUCUCACUAUUACAAUCGAGUGCAAGGGAUAGUGAGAGGCCUGGUAUCGACCACCAGGGGGUCGCAAUUUUCCUGUUGUUUAUGUAUUUUGUGCCUUGGUUGCUACUAGUACCUUCUGCUCGUCUGGUAUCAAUAGCGAGCUCCAUGACAGUUUCUAGACCGGGGACGCCAGAGUUGAGAGCCCGUGGUGAACGCAAUGGUAUUAUGGAUGGCGAAAACAAUAACAACAGUAAUAAUGGAAGAAGUUAUGACAGUUACGACAAUGGAGUUAAAAAUAAUGAUAUUAUCGGGAAAGUAAGUUAUGUGGUUAAACUAGUGAUUUUAUCAUUACUUCUACUGGUGCCAGUCCUUACUUAUAUGAAUGCACUGUCAUUGACACCAGCAUUUGAUGUGGGUCUUAUACAAAACACUUCAAUUUUUGAGAUCACUUCCUUAUUGUAUGGUGUAUGUGGAUUAUCUCGACGUAAGAAUGUGUUCCGUAAUUUUAUCGUUAUGAUGAUUGCAUUAAUGGGUAUCGUCUUGGUAUCUUACACGAAGGCUACCUGUGACCUUUUGGCAGGUAAAUUUUCUAUCAACCAAAAGACAGGUGAAUUAGAGGACCCAUUUCUUUUUGAUAGAUUGAAGAGUUGUUUACUUUGUGGGUUAGGUGCCCUCACGUUGGGUCCCUUUACAGUACUUUGGAACCGUUGGUUUAACUUUUCUGAUCGUAUUACGCUUUCUCAUCAGUGCCAGCACUUGACUUACAUUGCAUCGAUCUGUAUGGCUGUUUUAUUACCAUUCUUGCCAAGGGCUCUAUCGACUUUGGCAAAGGUUCCAACAAAUAAAGUAUUUUGGUUGGAGGCACUAGCUGCAUUCCUCUUUGGUACUCUACCUCAUGUUUUUUCACUCUCACUAAUUCAAAGACAAACACCUCCAUCGUAUUCGACAACAAUUAAUCUUGGUGCUAUCAUCUUCAUGGGUAUCUCUGACUGGAUCUGUGAGCCCACGCAGACGACCAUUGUGCGCUGGGAAGUCAUUGGAUACAUCAUGUUGAGUGUAGCAUGCGUAGUGCUGUCAAUUGCAUACUACGAGAAGAAGCAUUUAUCUCUACACUAA